AUGCCCCCACCUUGUGUCUGCAGCGUCUGCUCUGUCUGGUACCUGGAAAUUAACCUGUUGGUGCCGGGGCGGUUGCCCUAUAUUGAAGCACAAAUUCGAGAAAUUCAAGGAAAAAAACCUGCUCUUGAUGAAGCACAAGGAGUAGGCCUUGAUUCCACAGGAUAUUAUGAUCAAGAAAUUUAUGGUGGCAGUGACAGCAGGUUUGCUGGAUAUGUCACUUCUAUUGCAGCAACUGAAUUAGAAGAUGAUGAUGAUGACUACCCUUCUACAAGUUUGCUUGGGCAGAAGAAACCAGGGUACCAUGCUCCAGUGGCAUUGCUUAAUGACAUACCACAGUCUUCUGAACAGUAUGAUCCUUUUGCAGAACACCGUCCUCAGAAGAUUGCCGAUCGGGAAGAUGAGUACAAAAAGCACAGGCGGAUGAUGAUAAUUUCCCCUGAGCGUCUUGAUCCUUUUGCAGAUGGAGGGAAGACACCAGAUCCUAAAAUGAAUGCCAGAACAUACAUGGAUGUUAUGCGUGAACAGCAUUUAACAAAAGAAGAGAGGGAAAUUAGGCAACAACUAGCUGAAAAAGCUAAAGCUGGAGAGCUUAAAGUCGUCAAUGGAGCCGCAUCUCAGCCACCUUCAAAACGCAAGCGGCGUUGGGAUCAGACAGCUGAUCAAACUCCUGGUGCUACACCGAAAAAAUUAUCCAGCUGGGAUCAAGCAGAGACUCCUGGACAUACACCUUCUCUGCGAUGGGAUGAAACUCCAGGGCGUGCCAAGGGUAGCGAAACUCCUGGUGCUACCCCAGGCUCAAAAAUAUGGGAUCCAACUCCUAGUCAUACACCAGCAGGAGCUGCAACACCUGGACGGGACACACCAGGUCAUGCAACACCAGGCCACGGAGGUGCCACUUCCAGUGCACGUAAAAAUCGAUGGGAUGAAACACCUAAAACAGAAAGAGAUACUCCGGGGCAUGGCAGUGGAUGGGCUGAGACGCCUCGUACAGACAGAGGUGGUGACUCCAUUGGUGAGACACCAACCCCAGGAGCAAGUAAAAGAAAGUCACGAUGGGAUGAAACACCUGCUAGCCAGAUGGGUGGCAGCACACCUGUUCUGACACCUGGCAAAACACCCAUUGGUACACCAGCUAUGAACAUGGCAACUCCUACACCAGGUCAUAUCAUGAGCAUGACUCCGGAACAGCUGCAGGCUUGGCGUUGGGAAAGGGAAAUUGAUGAGAGAAACAGACCACUUUCUGAUGAAGAAUUGGAUGCUAUGUUUCCAGAAGGAUAUAAGGUGCUUCCCCCACCAGCUGGUUAUGUACCUAUUCGCACUCCAGCUCGUAAGCUCACAGCGACCCCAACACCUUUGAGCGGAAUGACUGGGUUCCACAUGCAGACAGAAGACAGGACUAUGAAGAGUGUUAAUGACCAGCCCUCUGGCAAUCUCCCAUUCCUGAAACCAGAUGACAUCCAGUACUUUGAUAAACUAUUGGUUGAUGUUGAUGAAUCAACUCUGAGUCCUGAAGAACAGAAGGAGAGAAAAAUAAUGAAACUACUUCUGAAAAUAAAGAAUGGCACACCUCCCAUGAGAAAGGCUGCAUUGCGACAAAUUACUGAUAAAGCUCGGGAAUUUGGAGCAGGGCCGUUGUUUAAUCAGAUUCUGCCUCUGCUGAUGUCACCAACUCUUGAAGAUCAGGAGCGUCACUUGCUUGUCAAAGUCAUUGACAGAAUUCUUUACAAACUGGAUGACUUGGUCCGACCAUAUGUACAUAAGAUCCUUGUUGUCAUUGAACCACUGCUGAUUGAUGAAGACUACUAUGCUAGAGUGGAAGGCAGAGAAAUUAUUUCAAACUUGGCUAAGGCUGCUGGUUUGGCAACAAUGAUCUCCACAAUGCGACCUGAUAUUGAUAAUAUGGAUGAAUACGUCCGAAAUACAACAGCUCGAGCCUUUGCUGUGGUUGCCUCUGCUUUGGGAAUUCCUUCUCUGUUACCCUUCUUGAAAGCUGUCUGUAAAAGCAAGAAAUCCUGGCAGGCUAGACAUACUGGCAUCAAGAUUGUACAGCAGAUUGCUAUUCUUAUGGGUUGUGCUAUCUUGCCUCAUCUCAGGAGCUUGGUUGAAAUUAUUGAACAUGGCCUGGUGGAUGAGCAGCAGAAAGUUCGCACCAUCAGUGCUUUGGCUAUUGCUGCUUUGGCUGAGGCAGCGACUCCCUAUGGUAUUGAGUCAUUUGAUUCUGUUCUGAAGCCUUUAUGGAAGGGUAUACGUCAACACAGAGGAAAGGGUUUGGCUGCCUUUUUGAAGGCUAUUGGUUACCUGAUUCCCCUCAUGGAUGCCGAGUAUGCAAACUAUUAUACCAGAGAAGUCAUGCUAAUCCUUAUCAGAGAGUUCCAGUCUCCUGAUGAAGAGAUGAAAAAGAUUGUGUUGAAGGUUGUAAAGCAGUGUUGUGGUACUGAUGGUGUUGAAGCAAAUUACAUUAAAACAGAAAUCUUGCCACCUUUUUUCAAACACUUCUGGCAGCACAGAAUGGCACUGGACAGAAGAAAUUACAGACAGCUGGUUGAUACAACUGUGGAGCUGGCAAAUAAAGUUGGAGCAGCAGAAAUUAUUUCUAGAAUUGUGGAUGAUCUGAAGGAUGAGGCUGAGCAGUACAGAAAAAUGGUCAUGGAGACAAUUGAGAAGAUAAUGGGAAACCUGGGGGCAGCAGACAUUGACCAUAAACUGGAAGAACAGCUUAUUGAUGGUAUCUUGUACGCCUUUCAGGAACAGACCACAGAGGAUUCUGUGAUGCUGAAUGGUUUUGGCACAGUGGUUAAUGCUCUAGGCAAGAGAGUUAAGCCCUACUUGCCACAGAUCUGUGGUACAGUUUUGUGGCGUUUGAACAACAAAUCAGCCAAAGUUAGGCAGCAGGCAGCUGACCUCAUCUCUCGUACUGCAGUUGUCAUGAAGACUUGUCAAGAGGAAAAACUGAUGGGACACUUGGGUGUUGUGUUGUAUGAGUACCUGGGUGAGGAAUAUCCUGAAGUACUGGGCAGCAUACUUGGAGCACUGAAGGCCAUUGUGAACGUUAUAGGUAUGCACAAGAUGACACCACCAAUCAAAGAUCUGCUGCCACGGCUUACGCCUAUUUUGAAGAAUAGACAUGAGAAAGUACAGGAAAAUUGUAUUGAUCUUGUUGGGCGUAUUGCAGACAGAGGCGCAGAAUAUGUUUCUGCAAGAGAAUGGAUGAGAAUCUGCUUUGAACUGCUUGAAUUAUUGAAAGCUCACAAGAAAGCCAUCCGAAGAGCCACAGUGAACACUUUUGGUUAUAUUGCAAAAGCUAUUGGACCCCAUGAUGUAUUGGCUACACUGCUAAAUAACUUGAAAGUACAGGAGAGGCAGAACAGAGUGUGUACCACAGUAGCAAUUGCUAUUGUAGCUGAAACGUGCUCACCUUUCACAGUGCUGCCUGCACUCAUGAAUGAAUACAGAGUUCCAGAACUGAAUGUCCAGAAUGGUGUGUUAAAAUCUCUUUCUUUCCUGUUUGAAUACAUUGGAGAGAUGGGAAAAGAUUAUAUUUAUGCUGUUACACCGUUGCUUGAAGAUGCUUUAAUGGACAGGGAUCUUGUACACAGACAAACAGCCAGUGCCGUGGUGCAACAUAUGUCUCUUGGUGUUUAUGGAUUUGGCUGUGAAGAUUCUCUUAAUCAUUUGUUAAAUUAUGUAUGGCCUAAUGUGUUUGAAACCUCUCCUCACGUCAUUCAGGCAGUUAUGGGGGCUCUGGAGGGCCUCAGAGUUGCUAUUGGUCCCUGCAGAAUGUUGCAGUAUUGUUUACAGGGUUUGUUUCACCCUGCCAGGAAAGUCAGAGAUGUUUAUUGGAAGAUUUAUAAUUCUAUCUACAUUGGAUCACAGGAUGCUCUGAUAUCACAUUACCCACGAAUCUAUAAUGAUGAAAAGAACACCUAUAUUCGUUAUGAACUUGAUUACAUCUUAUAAUCUUCUUUGUUCAGUUGUUUGUGUUUAAUGCACAGCUGUUCUUCAAUUAAACGCUUCAAAUUUGAUGUAAAAUUUUAAAAUAUUUGAGAUCAGCUGGUCAGAGGCAGAGCUAGGAAUCCAGUAGCAUGAUUUUUUAAAAUAUGUCCUUGUUUUUUGAUGUUAAACAGUUAAAGCCAGUAGUGACCAAGAAAACAGUGAUUACAAUGUACUGGAGGGAUUUCAUUUUGGAUUCAUCUUUAUGAAGAUUUAGAUUUCAUUCCUUGUGUUUAAAGGGGAAGUUUAUUUGAGAAAUAAACAUUUGUGUAUAAAAACUAAUUUGUGUGUGGUUUUUGGACAGAGUGGCUUGUAAAACGAGUCCCUUUGGAUUAAGUAUUUGUUUAUGUAAUGAAUAGGUGGCAUAAGACAUUUUAACACUUUUUGUCAUCCCCUAGCUUUUGAAUAAAUAAGAAAUAUGUACAAACUGUA